AUGGGGACCCUGACGAAACCACAGCUUGUGGCGGCUCCUCUCAUUCUCUUUCUCGUCAUCGGCUCUUGCACUGCAGCCCAUCCCUGGCGACGUGCUCUUGUCCGCGACGAUGCUGUCUCAUGGAGUGCCGCGGCGGCAUCUACGAACAGCCACAGCGCGCCUCGUGCGACGGUCGCACAGAGGGUGUCGGAGCCCCUCGUUUAUUCUGCCAGAGGCGCCGCUGCUGGUUCGCACGCAACUCCUAGUUGGGCGGCCACCUCUCACGCCGCCGCUCACGCCGUCCAUUACGCAGAAACCCCUCACGGCGCUCCCCAAGCCGCACUUAACGCCGUGAAGCACGGCCCUCACGGACCUGGGAACGUCAAGCUCCAAGCAGCAGCGAAUCAGCGUCGAGGCGGUGGAUCCCGCCGCCAUGAAGGGAACGGCAGAACAAUCGCCAUGAACGGCGCAUUCCGCGCAGCCAGCAGCGACGACGUGGCGAUCCAUCACCGCUCCAGCCACGAGCGCCGCACGCGGGACGAGCGCAGCAGUGGUGAGCCAGUGGAGCGGCUGUACCAGCGCAGCAGCGGCGGAGCUUCUGACGUGGCCCUCCACAGCAGGAAUGGUGGCAGCAACAGAAAUGAAGCGCAGGGCGCUAAUAACCUCGGCACCUAUCAGCGUGAUGAUGGUGUAAAUCGUGGGAUUAUGAGGACGGAAAAUGCGCACACUAACGCAGCUGGUGAUUAUGGUGGUGGUGAUUACAGUGGUGGUGAUUACAACGGUGGUGAUAAUGGUGGUGACUACAAUGGUGGUGACAACGGUGGUGAUUACAACGGCGGUGAUUACAGCGGUGGUGACAACGGCGGUGAUUACAAUGGAGGUGACAACGGCGGUGAUUACAAUGGAGGUGACAACGGCGGUGAUUACAAUGGAGGUGACAACGGCGGUGAUUACAAUGGAGGUGACAACGGCGGUGAUUACAAUGGAGGUGACAACGGCGGUGAUUACAAUGGAGGUGACAACGGCGGUGAUUACAAUGGAGGUGACAACGGCGGUGAUUACAAUGGAGGUGACAACGGCAGUGAUUACAAUGGAGGUGACAACGGCGGUGAUUACAAUGGAGGUGACAACGGCGGUGAUUACAAUGGAGGUGACAACGGCGGUGAUUACAAUGGAGGUGACAACGGUGGUGAUUACAAUGGUGGUGACAACGGUGGUGAUUACAAUGGUGGUGACUAUAAUGGAGAUGGCUGCCCUGAUGGUGGUGAUGGUGGAAACGGUGCUGGGGAUGGUGGGAACGGUGCUGGGGAUGGUGGGAACGGUGCUGGGGAUGGUGGGAACGGUGCUGGGGAUGGUGGGAACGGUGCUGGGGAUGGUGGGAACGGUGCUGGGGAUGGUGGGAACGGUGCUGGGGAUGGUGGGAACGGUGGCGGGGGCGGUGACAGCAUCGACCUCGGUGGUACUGACGGCAGCAAUGGUGGUGCUGAGGGUGGCAACAAUGGUGCUGACGGCGGUAACAGAGGUGGCGGCGGCGGCAGCAUUGACAUUGCAGGGAUUCUCGAGGAGCACAACAAGGCACGGCAGGCAGUGGGUGUGCCGGACCUCGCAUGGGACGACAACGUGGCAGCAACGGCACAGGACUGGGCGAACAAGCUGGCCGCCAAAGGGUGCCCUCUGGAGCACGGCGGAGCAGACGGGCUCGGGCAGAACCUCUACUGGAUGUCACCCGCAAAUCUCACCCCGCAGGAGGACCGUGGGGCGGUGAAGUCAUGGGUGGAGGAGAAGGCGGACUGGACCCCAAGCCCUAUUCCAGAGGGGUGUGUGGAGGGCAAGAUGUGUGGGCACUACACGCAGGUGGUGUGGCGGGAUACCACUCAUGUCGGCUGCGGCUCUGCUCAGUGCCCUGAUGGUGCCGGCAUGUGGGUCUGUGACUACUCGCCCCCGGGUAACUUCGUUGGCCAAACCCCUUUCUAG